CCACAAACCACUUUUGGCCUUUGACUCAAUACACGAGCCACACUACACCUCUUCUCGUUCGUGGUCGUGGCAGACUGGCACUUGUGCCAUGGAUUCGUCGCUCCAUACAAAAAUUAUAUGCCGCCUUCAUUGUACCUUUUGAACUCUUUUACAUCAGUCUUUCAAUCUUUUCCUUAAUUUCCAUUUUCGGUAAAGAAUUCACACCUCCACUUCAUCUUAUCUGUUUCCUCCCCAACGCUUAUAUUCAAGAAUUCCCUUGUGAUUCUUUCCCCCAUAAGAAUUGGUUGCCCAAGUUUUAAUUUUGCUCUCAGCAUGCGCUACUGCAUAUCCAGGAUUGUCAAAUGGCAUCCGGGUCUGAGGAAUUUCAGCUCCGCCAACAGUACCUUGACGUCUCACAUUCUACAAAACAGCAAUGAUGGACUAACUUCAACAAGUGACAUUAAUGAUGGAACCGUUUCAAAGAUGUAUGGUACUUCAUGUGAAAAGUUUCCAGCGGAUGAACCUGUUUCCAACAUGCUUGUUGAUUCAUUUGGGAGGCAACAUACUUAUUUAAGAAUCUCAUUGACAGAACGUUGUAAUUUGCGAUGCCAGUACUGUAUGCCUGCUGAAGGUGCAGAGCUAACUCCGAGCCCUCAACUUCUCUCAAAGAACGAGAUUGUGCGCCUAGCAAAUUUAUUUGUCAGUGCAGGUGUUAAAAAGAUUCGCCUGACUGGUGGGGAGCCCACGAUUAGGAAGGACAUUGAUGAUAUUUGCCUACAGCUUUCAAACUUAAGAGGGCUAAAAACGCUUGCUAUGACUACUAACGGAAUCACCCUGGCAAAUAAGCUUCCAAGAUUAAAAGAAUGUGGACUUAGUUUGCUAAACAUAAGUUUAGACACAUUGGUUCCAGCAAAGUUUGAAUUCAUGACUCGGCGGAGAGGACACGAAAGAGUGUUGAAAUCCAUUGAUGCUGCUAUAGAGUUGGGAUAUAGUCCCGUCAAAGUAAACUGUGUUGUAAUGCGCGGUUUCAAUGAUGAUGAAAUAUGUGAUUUUGUUGAAUUGACGCGUGAAAAGCCAAUAAAUGUAAGGUUUAUCGAGUUCAUGCCUUUUGAUGGGAAUGUCUGGAAUUCGAAGAAACUAGUACCUUACGCUGAAAUGUUGGAUAUUGUGGUAAGGUCAGGCAAAGAACUCCAACGAAUUCAGGAUCACCCAACCGAGACAGCGAAGAAUUUCAGGAUUGAUGGGCAUCAGGGAACAGUUUCUUUUAUCACGUCAAUGACUGAGCAUUUUUGUGCUGGUUGCAACAGACUGAGACUUUUAGCUGAUGGGAACUUUAAAGUUUGCCUCUUUGGUCCCUCAGAGGUUAGCUUGAGGGACCCCCUGCGCCGUGGUGCUGAUGAUAAUGAACUUGAGGAGAUUAUUGGAGCAGCGAUAAAAAGAAAGAAAGCAGCUCAUGCUGGGAUGUAUGACAUUGCGAAGACUCCCAACAGACCAAUGAUACAUAUUGGUGGCUAGAAAUCAUCAUGCCAUCUGCACUAUCCUGUAUGACUUCCAUCAGUAUAACUUGCUCCCCAGAAACUACAUGGAGAAAUUAGUUCUCCCUCAUAGCUGACCACACACUGAAGAAAAAGAAGAUGGGAAUAAAUGAGAACCUCUGCAGAAAGAGAUGGCCAAUUUUGAUGUAAAAUAUUACAUUAUAGUUAUUGCAAGAAUUUAUUGAACAAUAUAAAUCUUUUUCAUGUUUCAUGUAUUUUGGGUAAUACAAUUUCCAAUUUUCUCUACAUUUCUUGUAAGGCAUAUGAUCCUCUUCUACAGAGAGAGAGAGAGAGAGAGAGAGAGAGAGAGAGAGAGAGAGAGAGAGAGAGAGAGAGAGAGAGAGAGAGUUCAGACUGGCCAUACUUGUUUACCAGUGCAUUAAUAGUAUAGGUCUUUUGUAUCUAUAUACAAUUCCUUUUUGGAGCAUAUGGCAUUAUUUACAACUAUAAUAGUUCACUUUA